AGAAGCCGCACAGACUUCUUCAAAGGAAGGUACGACUAGCAUCUGACAUCAUUCCCUGAAGCAUGACAAGCUGAUCGUGGUUAGAGUUUGGGUUGCACAUAGAGGAAGCUGCACCCGUACUGAUAAGCAGGCAAAGAAACGACGCAUGGUAUUUUAAGAAGGAGUUUCCCAAAAAUUUGGACGUGAUGGGCAUUUGUGGACUAAAGUUCGUGGCACUUUGUGUCGGACUGCUGAGUAUUGUAUAUCAAGGAAAUUCUGACAAUGGAGAAAAUGACCAGAACGAUAAAGCAGUAACCACCUCACCUGCACUCUCCACUUCACUUUCAACCACAGCUAAAUCUUCUGAAAAAGGUGAAGUCACAGUGCAGCCAUCACCCCCAAGCACCUCUUCUCAGAGUUCUCUACCCCCACACAUUGCAGGCAAUGUCACUCCUUCAAGCACGGACAGCAAGUUGAUUGGUGUCAUCAGUCACUCAACCAGUGCAGAAAGUGAAGAUAAAGUACAGACAUCACCCCCAAGCACCUCUUCUCAGAGUUCUUUUCCCACACACACUGAAGGACCUUUCACUCCUUCAAGCACUGAGAGCCAACCCACUGCUGCCAUGAGUCACUCAACCACUAAAAAAAGUGAAGUUACAGGGCAGAUGUCACCCAACAACACCUCCUCUCAGAGUUCUCUUACCUCACGCACUAAAGGACCUGUCACUCCUUCAAGCACUGAGAGCAAACCUACUGCUGUCAUCACUCCCUCACCCAUUACAAAAAAUUCCACGGAGGACAAAUGUGGCUAUAUCAUUACAUCUGGAAGUUAUGCUGCAUAUAUUACCUUCUUUAAUUUAUCAAUCUCCAGUCCUUUGCCUAAAGUAGAUCUUUCAGAUGAUAAUGGGAAUAAAGUACCUGCAAACUUACAACCUGAUAGUAAUAAUAAAUAUAAGCUUCAAUAUCUUUCCCCUUGUUCUAAAUAUACAAUCCAUUCAAUUGAAAACUGCACUUCUAAAAACUCUUCAAAUACGUUUCAAACAGGUGGAAUUGAUUAUAACAACUUUAAUUUGAACCAUUCAGAUGCUAAAAGUAAAUCUAUAAAAAUGUGCUGCAACGUGCCACCCAAAGCAAAGCCAUUUGUUAAUCUAACAUUAACAUGCAGUGACCAUCCUGAAACAUAUUCAUUUAGUGACUCUGGCUGCUUUACGUGGGAGAACUUGGAGCUGUGUAAAAACUAUUUCUUCACACUUAACAUAAUGAGUAAAUGUGGGAAUGAGAUACAGAAGAGUGAGUCUUUACAACCAAAAGCAGAUGUAACUGAACUCAUAUUACAACAAAAUGCAGAUGAUUCUUCAGUUACUCUUGAAUGGAAGAAUUUACCAGAAACCUGCAAAGAUGUCCUCUUUGAAUACAGCUAUUCUGCAGAUCAUUCUCAAAUACAACGUGUAAAUGAAUCAAAAGUUACUAUUUUUGAUUUGGAAUUAUAUAAGGAGUAUAAUUUCUCUGGAUCAAUCAUCUAUGGUAUUAACAAAAGACAAAUCAAUGGGAGUUUCAAAACAACUUGUGGUGAGUCACGGCUAAUAAUCACAAAUGAAACAACGAAUAAUUCAAUCACAUUAAAGGAAAAUUUUCAUACUAAGUACUGUGCAAAGUAUAGUUUUACUUAUGAAUAUAAAUGUGGAACAGGUGAGAAAAGAAGUGGAAGUACAUUUCACGACCUGGAAUCUUAUACAGUUUAUAGUUGUUCUGUAUAUGUGUUGUAUAACAAUCAAACAAUUUUUAAUAAUGAAACCUCAGUGCAAACAAAAAUGGGAAAACCAGAAACUGUCUCCAAUGUUAAGGCUCACAUUAUAGACAAAAAUUCAGUGAAUAUCACAUGUAAUAAUAAUACUAUGCAUGGAGACCCGACACGCUUUGAAUUAGAACUUGAUUCUCACAAACAAAAACAAGACAAAUGUGCAUUUGUAAUAAAGGACCUCUCCUACCUAACAACCUACAAUUUUAAGUUAACAGUGUGUAAUGCUGAACAUUGCAGUGAGUACUUCAAAGAAUCAUUCAGUACAGGAUAUAAUGAAAAAGCUUUAAUUGGAUUCCUGGCAUUCCUCAUUGUAUUGACAGCUUUAGCUUUGAUGUUUGUACUCUACAAAAUAUACCUUCUUCAAAAGAAAAAUAAUGAUUCUGAUGAAUCUGUAGAGCUCAUUGGUAGACCUGAUGAUGAUAAACAGCUUCUCCAUGUGGACCCCAUUCCAGCAGAACAGUUACUGGAGACAUAUAAACGGAAGAUUGCAGAUGAAGGCAGACUUUUUCUUGCUGAGUUUCAGAGCAUUCCAAGAGUUUUUAGUAAAUUCCAAAUCAAAGAGGCCCGCAAAAGCUGCAACCAGAACAAAAACCGCUAUGUGGAUAUUCUGCCUUAUGAUCACAAUCGAGUGCAAUUGUCCCCAAUAAACGGAGAAGUAGGAUCUGAUUACAUCAAUGCCAGUUUUAUAGAUGGUUUCAAAGAACCAAGAAAGUACAUUGCUGCCCAAGGUCCCAAGGAUGAAACUGUUGAUGAUUUUUGGAGAAUGAUUUGGGAGCAGCAGUCCUCUAUUAUCGUAAUGGUGACCCGCUGUGAAGAGCAGAACAGGAACAAAUGUGCUGAGUACUGGCCAUCCAUGGAAAGAGAAGCUGAAAUUUUUGGUGAUUUUGCUGUGAAAAUCACUGAUGAAAACAUAUGUCCUGAUUAUAUUAUCCGGAAGCUGACUGUGACAAAUAAAAAGGAGAAAAAUUCAGAGAGAGCUGUGACCCACAUUCAGUUUACCAGCUGGCCAGAUCAUGGUGUGCCUGGAGAUCCCCACCUUCUUCUGAAGUUACGCCGGAGAGUUAACACUUUUACCAAUAUCUUCAGUGGUCCCAUAGUAGUGCACUGCAGUGCUGGCGUUGGCAGAACAGGCACCUACAUUGGAAUUGAUGCCAUGAUGGAGGGCCUUGAGGCAGAAGGACGUGUCGAUGUUUAUGGCUAUGUGGUCAAACUUCGUCGUCAGCGUUGUCUCAUGGUUCAAGUUGAGGCCCAGUACAUCUUAAUUCACCAGGCACUCAUUGAGCACAACCAGUUUGGAGAAACUGAACUUCCUCUGUCAGAACUUCAUUCUUCACUGAGCAACCUAAGCAGGAGGGAGCCUUCAACAGAGCCUUCCCUGCUCGAAAUUGAAUUUCAGAGACUUCCAAAGUACAAAAAUUGGAGGUCACAAAAUAGCGGCAAUCAUGAAGACAAUGCGCCUAAAAACCGUGACUCUAGCGUGAUUCCAUAUGACUUUAAUAGAGUGCACAUUAAGAUCAAUGAGGAUAGCAGCCAAGAGAGUGAACAAGAGGAAGACUCUGAUGAUUCCUCUGAUGAAGAGAGUGAUGAUGAUUCUGAUACCAAAUAUAUCAAUGCUUCAUUCAUAGAUGGUUACUGGAGCAAGCGAAGCCUCAUUGCAACUCAGGGACCCCUUCCUGAAACCACUGAAGAUUUCUGGCUGAUGGUCUUCCAGCGCAAAACAAAAAUCAUUGUGAUGCUUUCUGAAUUCAAAGAGGGAGAAAAGGAAUUCUGCUCCAAAUACUGGAAUGAUGAAAUGACGACGUAUGGGAGUAUGCAAGUAAAAGAAACAGGAUGCAAUACAUUCCCUGGCUUCACAGUCCGUGCAAUUGAAGUUAGACAUUCAAAGAGGAAAGAAAGUCGAGUAAUUUCUCAGUAUCAUUUUCACAAAUGGACUGGUCAGAAUCUUCCAGAGAAGCCAGAGGAGUUGGUUGACAUGAUAAGAAAAAUGAAAGAGACCAUGCCAAAGAGCUGUGUUAAUGAGAAUUCCAAGCAGAGCAGCAGUGGGCCAGUAGUAAUCCACUGCAAUGAUGGCGCAAGCAGGACAGGUGUGUUUUGUGCCCUGUGGAAUGUACUAGACUGUGCCAAUACGGAAAAAGUGAUUGAUAUUUUCCAGACUGCAAAAGCUUUGCGAAAAGAAAGGCCUGGAAUGCUGAUGUCCUUUGAACAGUACAGCUUUCUCUAUGAUAUAAUGGCUCAGACAUUCCCUGCUCCCCAGAAUGGAGAUAUUAAAGCAAGCCCUUGCAACGCAGAGGACAAAGUUGAAGUGGUCAAUGAGCAAAAACAAGAAAAACCUGAAAAUAAAACCAAUUUAGAAAAAAAGCAAUCAAACAACGAGCCUGCUUUAAAUCAAUCCAAUGCCCAUCCUUCAGCAUCACCACCUCCCAAGGAUGACGCUCCCAAAGAAACCGAAAACCCAGCCAAUGGCCCCACCGUAACCUCAGAAGCUCAGUGAUCUGACAAUUCAAAUUCACGUGCACACAGUGCACCAGCAUGUUUGGGCUGCAAUUCUCUGAACAACUCUACCCUUGGAGCAGCCAGUAGCAGAUGCUGAGCGAGGGUGUGAAUGUAUUGUAAUCUGUGUGAUCUGUGCCAUCGUCCAGUUCCACUUAUGAGCCACACAUCACAACUGGGAAGGGUUAGGUAUGGAAUGGCAUGGCAUGGGACAUUUUCUUUCAGGUAACUUUUUUGCACUUCCCAAACGUGCUUCCUUUGUAACAAACUAUUUUUUUUUCCUGUUUUUGCACAUUUUAAAAGCUUUUCUUUCUAAAAAAAAUAUCAAAGAAUAAUCAUGCUGACCAUCAUUGUUUUUUUUAAUAUAGUGCCAAAUAAAAUAUUUUCUGUGUGAUCCAUGAAAACACAAGUUUCAAAAAUUCGCAAAUCUUUAUGUGUGUUACAAAAUUAUUUUCGGUACUUAAUGUGAGUAACAAACUGUUUCUACCAACAUUUUUGAGCAUUGUAUAUAUAGGUUUAAAUGUUUUAUAUGAAAAUUACAUUUUUUGUGUCACGGUAUAUGAUAAAGUUGAAAAUUGCUUGAAUUGUAAAUUAUUGCAAAAUUAGAUUUACAAAAGUCGGUGUUUAGUGAGAAGCAAACGAGUAUAUGAAGGAUGGACUUUCUUUUACCUGAGUAUGAACUGCCAAAUUUUAAAGUCUUCAAUAAACAUUACUUUAAAAAUUGAA